AUGCCGUACACUAUCAAAAGCACCAGAGGUUGUGAUAAGCUCGUAGAUGAUUCCAACUUCAUUUACAGAAAAGUGACAGAUAUUGGGCUUAAGGUUCGAUAUCAAAGUGAUUGUGCUUUUAAUACAAAAGUAAAGUGCCUUAUGGCAGUUGCAUUCAUACCGCCUUCAGACAUCAUUGAUGCAUUUAUAGAGUUGGUUGAUGACGAUGACUUACCACAAGAACUAGUUGCAUAUUUGGAAACUUAUUACAUUGGGGGAGAGAGAGGGAGGGGACCUCGUCGUCGUAGAGUUUCUCCAACUUUUCCUAUCGAACUUUGGAAUGUUUAUCAAAGAACCCUAGAUCAGCUGGCUAAUACCAACAAUGGAGUAGAAGGGUUCCAUAAUGCGCUUCAAGCAUCUGUGACCAAUACACAUCCAAAUUUAUGGAAACUUAUCAAUGUAUUGAAAAAUGAAGAAUAUCUUUCUAAAAAGAAGAUAAUCGAUCCAGAAAGAGGUGAAACAGCAGUCAAGAAACAAUACAAAAAUGUUUGUAAGCGCAUACUAAGUAUUGUCAGAGGUUAUGAUCAAAAUGGAAAACAACAUUUACGAGCAAUUGCUAUGAACUUACAUGACUUUUAG